GAUUGGUACACUGUUAACUCAAUGUUGGUGGGAUGGCUUAUUUCAUCAACCGAUGUCUCACUCCAUCCAACUAUUGCUUACAUGGACUGUGUACAUGAUCUGUGGGCUGACAUGCAGCAGCGGUUUGAAGCGGCAGAUGGCAUGCGAUUUCAUGAAUUAAAGCAGGCACUCCAGAAUUGCAAACAAGCCGGUGAUAGUGUGACGGCAUAUUUCGGGAGGUUGAAGACGAUCUGGGAUGACUUUGACGGGUACCGAAAAAUACCAACGUGUACAUGUGGUGGAUGUACUUGCAAUUUGGAAAAGCAGAUUGCGGCAGCCAUUGAAAAAGAAAAAACACACGAGUUCCUACUGGGUCUUGACGGGCCUGUAUAUGGGAGUUUGCGAUCAAACCUUCUGAGUAAUACCACCGUGCUUCCAGGCCUUAGCAAGGUGUAUCAAAUGAUGAUCCAGGAAGAGAGACUUUCAAAGAUGGCAAGGACACAAGACGCACGAGGGGAAGCAGCCGCUUUUGUUGUACGCUCCGGAGGAAACGGGGGUCCGUCUACUGUGAAAGACAAAGGCAAGGUUGUGUGUUCCUACUGCAAGAAAGAAGGUCAUGAACGGGAUCGAUGUUUCAAGUUAACUGGAGAAUAUCCAGAUUGGUGGUAUGCAAAUAAGGCAGGGCGUGGGAAGGAAAGAUCAGGAGGCAGUGCUAGAGAUUUUACUCGCAAGGGCAUAAGUGUGCAGGCCAAUGCUACUUUAGGAGACUCCAAGGCAGAUGUAGUCAACGAACAAGGAAGUUCCAGCCAGUUGCCUACACUAACGGGUGACCAAUGGAACUCUUUGUUGGAGUUUGUGAAAAAAUUUAACGCAGGUGAAGGUGUUGAAAAGCUAGCAGGACCUAACUUUGAAGACGCUGAUUGGAGUGGGUGAACGUCGUGGUGGGGUCUAUUAUCUUUGUGGAGUUGAUUCUGUGCGAGCUUCACAUGUGGUCGGCAGUAGCACGGAGGAUUUAUGGCAUAAAAGAUUGGGUCAUCCAUCACCCCGG